AUGCUAGCUAUUCUCUGUGGUCAGUGGUCCUCUAGUGAAAGACUAGAUGGCAAAACGGUUAUCAUUACUGGAGCCAAUGCUGGCAUUGGCAAAGAGACAGCAAUGGACCUGGCAAAGAGAGGGGGCAGGAUAAUCUUGGCCUGCAGAGACUUGGGCAGAGCUGAGGCGGCACAGAGAGAGAUCAUUGAGAAAUCUGGAAACCCCAACAUUGUGACCAGAAAGAUGGAUUUGUCCGACACAAAGUCCAUUAGAGAAUUUGCAGAGUUAAUCAACAGGGAGGAGAAACAAGUGAACAUUCUUAUCAACAAUGCUGGGAUCAUGAUGUGUCCAUACUCUAAGACCGCAGAUGGCUUUGAGAUGCAGUUUGGAGUGAACCAUUUGGGUCACUUCCUGCUCACCUUCCUGCUGAUUGAUCUGAUAAAGAGAUCCAGACCAGCCAGAAUCAUCAACCUGUCCUCCAUGGCUCACAAAUGGGGUUGGAUCCAGCUAGAGGACAUCAACAGUGAGAGGAGCUACCACUCCAGAAGAGCAUAUGGACAGAGCAAAUUAGCAAACAUCCUGAGUAUACGGUCCCUGGCCAAGAGACUAAAAGACACUGGAGUGACAGUUUAUGCAGUCCAUCCAGGUAUAGUGAGGACUGAGCUGAAGAGACACAUGAAUUUAGCCCUGCUGAUAUCCUGGAAGAUUGUCAGACCUUUCACCAAAACUAUUGUACAAGGUGCCCAGACCUCCAUCUACUGUGCUGUGGAGCCAGAGCUGGAGACAGAGAGUGGUGGAUAUUACAGUGACUGUAAACCCUCCAGCUGUACCAGGGCUGCCAGGGAUGAUGAGAUGGCUCAGAAACUAUGGGAACUCAGCUGCCAAAUGCUUGGGAUAACAUGGGACUGAACAUCAUCCUUGAAUAUCAUUAUAGAUAGGCUAGAAUAUGUCAAUUGUUUGAAAAGUGCAUGCCUUGAAUGCUUACACAAUAGGUUAUACUAUGGAAUCUAUAGUUAUACUAUUGUUAUGCAUACUAUGAAUAUGAAUGCUGUAUACGCAGAGCUUGACUUGGGAUGAAAUUGGUCCAUUAGAAUAUGUACACAGAAAUUCCCAAAUGGCAUUAGCCUAUGUUAUAGAGACCUGAUUAUUCAGAGUUAAGGGUUCAUACUCAGUUUGACAUAUGGAAUUUCAUAACUUUUCCAUUACUUUUAACCAAAUGUCCAUGACCAUUAAUUGGUGGCAUCUCUAUGUAGCCUACAUGGAAAAAGUCAGCAUGAAUGUGAUAUUGACACUAGAAGGCUGCUGGUCUCCGAUCACAUGUAGCCCUACUAGCUCCUGUCGUUGUGCCCUUGAUCAAGGCACUUAACCCCCCACAAAGUAGAAUAAAUGCACUUUUAACAGGAUCGGUGUCCCCCUGCAGGACGGUUGAGCUAACAUGCGCUAAUAUGAUUAGCAUGACGUUGUAAGUAACAAGACCAUUUCCCAGGACAUAGACAAAUCUGAUAUGAGCA